ACCUUUCGGCGCUCUCUGAAGCUUUAUUUCGUUCGAAUUCAGGUGUCUAGGGAUUUGGUGUUUACAUGGUCUCUAAGGAUUGAAAAAUGAAGGAGCAUGAAAAGGAGGAGCCUGUUUUUGAGAUUGCGGUGGUAAUUCCAAGGAGAGUCGUGCAGGAAAAAGAUGAAGUCUCUGACUGCGUAAAUGUCCUAGUGCAGGAGUUUAGGAAGGUCGGGUUUAUAGUUGAGGGAGUUCAUGGCAUUGCAGAAGAGUUUAUUAAGCUGGCCGCACCUUUGGAGACGUUGGGAAGGGCUGCAUAUGAGCUACAGAUCAAGAAACGGACUCAUAUAGGCAUGGAUUUGCAAUUCCAGGUGGAGGGCGUUGAUGCUUUUGUGAGACAACCCGAUGGUUCAAUUUUCAGUUGGUGUGAGCGAUUUCAGUGCUACUAUCAUUUAAUAUAUGGAAUAGUAAACAGCACCGGGUCAGCCUUGAUCCUUAAAUUUGAUGGAAAGGAAAUCAGAUGGGAAACUGGGGAGAACUUGCUUCGGAAAUUGGAAUCAGUGAACAUUGUCAAGCAAGUCUUUCCUCUGCAUGAUGAAAAGAAGAGACAUAAACUUCUCAAAAGCUGGGCACUUUAUUGGUGGGAUUUCACAAAUCAACCAAUCGAUGAGAUUUAUUCUUAUUAUGGGGCAAAGAUUGCGAUCUAUUUUGCCUUCCUUGGAAUGUACACACGGUGGCUGCUCUUCCUAGCUGCAUUUGGUCUGGUUUUGGGGUUCAUUGAUUUUGGGUCAUUGCAGUUGGUAGUUUUACCCAUUUUCUUUGUUGUGGUGAUACUUUGGGCUGUAAUGUUUUGUCAGUUCUGGAAACGUAAAAAUUCUGCCCUACUAGCCAGAUGGUCUAUUGACUCUUCGGUUACAGCAGACCAAGGAUAUAAGAUUCCAGGCAGCAAGGAAAGUUCCCUACCGCUACAAAAUGAACUCAUAAAAUUAUUAGAUACUGAUAAAAUGAAAGGGAAGGAAGUAUUCCAGAGACAUGAGUGGUUUGGGCGACUCAUGCGAUUUAGAAAUGAUGCCAUCAUAAUUGUCAGCAUAAUAUGCCUCCAGUUGCCAUUUGAGUUGGCUUACGCACAUCUUUAUGAAGUUAUUGAUUCUGAUCUAAUUAAGUUUGGGCUCACCGCUCUUUAUCUUUUCGCCAUUCAGUAUAUCACCCAGUUUUGUGGCAAGGUAUCUGUCAAACUUAUAAGGUAUGAGAACAAUGAAAACACUGAAAAACGGGCUGACAGCUUGGUCUACAAGGUGUUUGGUCUUUACUUUAUGCAGACAUAUAUUGGUAUUUUUUAUCAUGCUCUCUUGCAUCGGAACUUUUUGACUCUUCGUAAAGUGUUAGUUCAGCGGCUCCUUUUGUCUGAGGUAUUCGAAAACUUGUUGGAAAACAUACUGCCUUAUUUUAAAUAUAGCUACAAAAAAUACCGGGUUCGACACAACAAGAAAAAAGAGAACGGAGAAAUGACAGGGAAAAUCCAGUUUACUCAUAGAGCAGAGAAAGAAUAUCUUAAGCCUGCUUACAAAGCCAGCAUUGGAGAGGAGCUUGAAGACGGGCUAUUUGAUGAUUUCUUGGAGUUGGCAUUGCAGUUUGGGAUGAUUAUGAUGUUUGCUUGUGCAUUUCCCCCAGCAUUUGCUUUUGCCACUGUGAACAACCUUAUGGAAAUCAGAACAGAUGCUUUGAAGCUGCUAGUAAUACUUAGGCGGCCUGUUCCUCGUGCUGCUGCAACAGUUGGAGCCUGGCUCAACAUAUUCCAGUUUCUCAUAGUGAUGUCUAUCUGCACCAACUGUGCACUUUUAGUAUGGCUAUAUGAUCAGGAAGGAAAAUGGAGUAUAGAGCCUGGACUUGCAGCCAUUCUAAUUAUGGAACAUGUCCUCCUGCUGAUUAAGUUUGGCUUCUCUCGCUUGGUUCCUGAGGAGCCUGCUUGGGUCAAAGCAAACCGUGCAAAAUACGCGACACAAGCACAAGAUAUGUGUUCCAAGAAGCUUUUGAGGACAAUUUCUGGGAAGAUGGAUUUUGGUGAGUCGAAAAAGUUGCAGUGAAUCAUAAGGACUCCUUUUUUAUACCACCCACAUGAUCUUUUAGGCCUCUUUAAAUGAAAGAGAAAGGAAGAUCAUGUGGCUGGAUCUUGCAUAUUAAAGAAGAUAAUUUGCUUCAGUUCAUAUGUUGUCUUUCUCUUUCCCACUUGUAUGUGGAUACAAAAACCUCACCUAGAUUAGUUUAGUGUGAAUGUGGAAAUUACAGUUCAAUCACCCUAUCUAUUGAACAGUGUGGAGUGAGAUUUAAGGGGGACAAACAAUAUUUUAUUGCCUCAUCAGUUUAAAAAUUUUGACAAUGCAACUGUAUAAAUGAGAUUUUGACUAUAUGUAAGGAAUAUUAUAUGUUGCCGUGCAUAUGAAGGUGUUUAUAAAUAUAGUAAUUAUUUCC